AAGGAAAUUACUUUGUUGAGUGGUCAUCUUUAUUAUAGAUGACCUCUUUGCCAUCAUUCUUUGCUAAUAAUGAUUCCCAAUACAUCAGUAGGUUGUACGCCACUGAAAGUGUCCUUCAGAAGAUCUUAAAGAACAGAAAACAAAUUGUGUGUAACACAGCCAGCCUCGCGAGACUUCCCUCUGAGUUGGAAUGAUAAUGACAGAAUCCCGGGAAGUUAUAGACUUAGACCCUCCAGCUGAGACUUCACAGGAGCAAGAAGACCUUCUGAUAGUGAAGGUGGAAGAAGAAGACUGCACCUGGAUGCAGGAGUACAAUCCACCAACGUUUGAGACUUUUUACCAGCGCUUCAGGCAUUUCCAGUAUCAUGAGGCAUCAGGACCCCGGGAGGCCCUCAGCCAGCUCAGGGUGCUCUGCUGUGAGUGGCUGAGGCCCGAGCUGCACACCAAGGAGCAGAUCCUGGAACUGCUGGUGCUGGAGCAGUUCUUGACCAUCCUGCCUGAAGAGUUCCAGGCCUGGGUGAGAGAGCAUCACCCUGAAAGUGGAGAGGAGGCAGUGGCUGUGAUAGAAAAUAUACAGCGAGAACUUGAGGAACGCAGACAACAGAUUGUCGCGUGUCCUGAUGGGCUUCCUCAGAAGAUGGUACCCCCUGGAGCAGCAGUGCAGGAAUCCUUCAGUCACCAGCCUCCAUCCGUGGACACCCAACCUGAGCAAGAGUCACAGAAGCCUCAUCUCCUGGAUGAAAAUGCCCUUCCUGUUCUCCAAGUUCCUUCCCUUCCCCUGAAGGACAGCCAGGAGCUGACAACUUCACUUCUCUCAACUGGGUCCCAGAAGUUGGUGAAAAUUGAAGAGGUGGCUGAUGUGGCUGUAUCCUUCAUCCUGGAGGAGUGGGGACAUUUGGACCAGUCCCAGAAGUCCCUUUAUAGGGAUGACAGGAAGGAGAAUUAUGGGAGUAUUACUUCCAUGGAUUAUGCAUCCAGGGACAACAACGUGGAGCUCAUAGUAAAGCAGAUUUCUGAUGAAGCCGAAUCACAGUGGACAGAAUCAGGAAACACUGAAAGGAGUGUUCCCCAGAGUCAAGAGUUUGCUGAAGUCACUGACCUUAAGGGCAUGGUACAAAGGUGGCAGGUAAACCCCACUGUGGGGAAAUCAAAGCAGAAUCCUUCCCAGAAAAGAGAUCUUGGCGCUACCACAGACAUUAACCGUAAGCAGCAGACAAAUGGUGAGAGAGGUCACAGAUGUAAUGAUUGUGGUAAAUUUUUCCUUCAAGCCUCGAACUUUAUUCAGCAUCGGCGCAUCCAUACUGGAGAAAAACCAUUUAAGUGUGGCGAAUGUGGAAAGAGCUACAAUCAGCGUGUGCACCUCACUCAGCAUCAGAGAGUCCACACCGGUGAGAAACCCUACAAAUGUCAAGUGUGCGGAAAAGCUUUCCGGGUGAGCUCCCACUUGGUUCAGCACCACAGUGUCCACAGUGGGGAGAGGCCCUAUGGAUGUAACGAGUGUGGGAAGAACUUCGGUCGGCAUUCGCAUCUGAUUGAACACCUGAAGCGCCACUUCAGAGAGAAAUCCCAAAGAUGCAGUGACAAAAGAAGUAAGAAUACAAAAUUGAGUGUUAAAAAGAAAAUUUCAGAAUUUUCAGAAGCAGAUGUGGAACUAUCUGGAAAAAUCCAAAGAAAUGUUUCUCAAGUUCAAGAUUUUGGAGAAGGCUGUGAACACCAAGGCAAGGUUGAUAGAAAGCAGGGAAUUCCCAUGAAAGAGAUAUUAGGACAACCCUCAUCAAAGAGGAUGAAUUGCAAUGAAGUCACCUAUGUCCACAAAAAGGCGUCCACAGGAGAGAGACCACAUAAAUGUAAUGAAUGUGGGAAAAGCUUUAUUCAGAGUGCACAUCUUAUUCAACAUCAAAGAAUACACACUGGGGAGAAACCAUUUAGGUGUGAUGAAUGUGGAAAAAGCUACAACCAACGUGUGCACCUAACUCAGCAUCAGCGAGUCCACACUGGUGAAAAACCCUACACCUGUCCUCUAUGUGGGAAAGCAUUCAGAGUGAGGUCCCAUCUUGUUCAGCAUCAGAGUGUGCACAGUGGAGAGAGACCCUUUAAGUGUAACGAAUGUGGGAAAGGCUUUGGGAGGCGUUCACACCUUGCUGGACAUUUGCGACUCCACUCUAGAGAGAAAUCCCAUCAGUGUCGUGAAUGUGGAGAAAUCUUUUUUCAAUACAUUAGCCUAAUCGAACAUCAAGUGCUCCACAUGGGUCAGAAAAAUGAAAAAAAUGGUAUUUGUGAGGAAGCGUAUAGUUGGAACUUGACAGUGAUUGAAGAUAAGAAGAUUGAGUUACAAGAGCAGCCUUAUAAGUGUGAUAUAUGUGGAAAAGCCUUUAGUUAUAGUUCAGACCUUAUUCAGCAUUACAGAACUCAUACUGCAGAGAAAACCUAUAAGUGUGAUAUAUGUCGAGAAAAUGUUGGCCAGUGUUCCCACAAACAGCAUCAAAAAAACUAUUCCAGCACAAAAUCCCAUCAAUGUAAUGAAUGUGGAAGAGGCUUCACUCUGAAAUCACAUCUUAAUCAACAUCAGAGAAUCCAUACUGGUGAGAAACCUUUUCAAUGCAAAGAAUGUGGAAUGAGUUUCAGUUGGAGUUGUAGCCUCUUUAAACAUUUGAGAAGCCAUGAGAGGACAGAUCCCACAAAUACUUUAAGUGUAUAGGUGGUUCUAUUAUAGAACAGCUCAUACUCAAUUUUAGAGGCACCUUCUUGAAGAAAAACUUUACUCCUAUAAUGAAUAUAACAACAACUUCAAGUAUUUUUCCAACAUAGCCAUCAAACCUACAGAUAGGUUGAAAUCCUUCAGUUAGAACUCAGCCUUUAGGAAUACUGGAGAAUCCACAAUACUAGAUACCUAUUCACUUUCCCCAUUAAGAAAUGCUUUAGUUAGCAUCUUCAUGUUUGGAAUCUAAAUAAAAAGAGAACCUAUGGACAUGUGGAGAAGGAAAGCCUUCCGAUGAUGCUUAUUCUUCACCUGAAACUCGGAAAACUGACACUAAGAAAAGCCUCAUGAAUACAGUAGAAAUAAGCUUUAUUGUAGUUUCUGCCUUGACAGCCUAUCUAUUCAGGGAAGAGCACAGUGAGAGAAAGAAUUCUUCAGCAUGAUAUCCGUUUUGGUACCUCAGCAAUGAACCUUUUCUAGAAAUGAUUAUCCCAACCACUAAAUACUCCAGUCAUUGUUCCUAUUUUGAGUAUUAACUCCUUUGAAAAGAAAUGGACUUAAGGUAUCUAUAUUUUGGCGUAAUUGGGGUUCAGAGGCUGGAUGGUAUGUGUUACUGCUGCCUUAUUUAAUCUACAACUUCUCCAUGAAACACUCUACCUUUUUCCUUUUUGAAAAGCACCAAGGUUAGCUAGUAAAAGGAGGAGUUAAAUUUGUAAAUUCAGGAGAAACUGUGCUGGUCAGUCACAUCUUAAGUUGAAAGGAAAGGGACAUUAUGGUAACAGAGAAGACAGGCAAAACUGUGGACUGGUUUAUCUUAUUACCCACAAGAAUGAGGGUAGCUAAAUCCAUAGAAGGAAUUGGACCAGGUUUAAUUACAAAUCUUGGUCCCAGCUGUAUUUAUCAAUUCCCAGGUGCCUGGGAAUGGGCUGCCCCUAGAGGGUGGCGGCAGACAAUGAGUUUGCAUUGCAGCUGGAAUUGAAAGUAAACAGUAGUGAGAAGCAGGCAGGUACAUGGUCCAGUUAGCCCUGUCCUGUGGGAAGGUCUGGGGUGGGGGCAUGGGAAGGUUUAAAGGGUAAAGAAGGUGACACGCAUUAGAGGAUUCACUUGAGCCUGUUUGCUAGAGAGAGGAGGAGUGCUUCUGGGCACUGCUGAGGCCCUGAUUCUGCUGAUUUGCCUGGCUUUCAAUAAAUGCCCAAUAAAUACCUGCU